CUCCGCUGACGCCGGGAGCUGGAAUCACCGCGCUUCAUCGCCUUUGUUUAUUACCCCUGUGGGACCUUUGUGCUGGCUGGGAGCGGCGUGUUGACGUUUUAUCGUGUGUCCCAUGGUGAUGGCGCAGUGUCACCGCUCCGGUGUUACUGCUGCCUGCCGCACCCCUGCUCACCGGGGCAGGGCUGCACUAUUUAACCGGUGCCCGACAGCCGGGAGAGACGUGCUGAGGACGGGGAUCCCGAGUGCUGCCGGCAUCGCCUCUUCUGGGAGCUUUUCCGCAGCUUGGAGACUACUGAGGAUGUGUGACCCCAACCAAGGCCUGCCACAACCAUACCUUGCAGUGUGCCCUCCUGCCCCUCCAGGAUACCCUGGUCCUGGCACAGGUCCCUACCCUGGUGGCAUUGCGGUUUGCCCUGCUGCCCCUCCGGGACACCCCGGUCCUGGCACAGGUCCCUGCCCUGGUGGCAUUGCAGUUUGCCCUGCUGCCCCUCCGGGACACCCCGGUCCUGGCACAGGUCCCUACCCUGGCAGCGUGGCAGUCUGCCCCCCAUGCCCUGCUCCACCUGGCCAGCACCCUCAUGGGCACUCCCCGUCGGGACAUCAUUCCCAUGGGCACCAGGAGCACCAUAAGAAGCACCAUAAGAAGCACCAUAAGAAGCACUGCAAGCACCACGAAGGCAAGCCCUCUGGUGGCUCGUGCAGCUCAAGCAGCUCAAGCAGCUCAAGCAGCAGCUCUGACUCUGACUGAAUGUCUGGCAAGUCCCUCCUGCUCCAUGCUGAUCAGCAAAACAUGAGGCCGGACUCCUCGUGGGAAUGCCCUACAUGUCACUCCCUUCCCUCCCCCUUCCCCUUGAAGCAGUGUUUUGCCGGCUGCAUGAUUUUUACUGUGUGUACCUUAUAAAUCCUUUGACCCAGAAUCUCCGAGUCA